UGUGGGUAGAGCAUGGGUUCUGAGAUUCUACACAUGAUCCUCACCAUCUUCAUGAUCACUUCAUUCCAAACUACCCACAUUGUGAUUGCAGAUGCCUCAUUGAAUGCUCUGGAGAGUUUCAACAGUCGUGGCCUACAACAGCUGUAUUUCAUGGAGAGCAAUGGGGUUAUCAAAGAAAAUCAGAUUGAGAAAGUUGCAGGAGAGGAUGAAAAUGAAGAAAAGAAGGAUUUCAUCUUGGAAAAGUUCAGAAGUUUGCUAGGACUGAAGAGGAUCAGCGCAAGAAGUCAUCCAUCUCCUGGAGAGAGUACCGAUCAGUAUGUCUCACCAGCACCUUCUCCAUCACCCACCAUUGAAGCUGGAGCUCCAGCCCCUGCUCCUGCAACAUUGCCUGUCCAUGUGCACUCACACCAUUCACCGCCUCACCGGUAUGCCAUUCCAUCACCCCACGAGAUUCUCAAGAAGGACAAAGAUGAAACUAGAACUAGAAAAAGAAUUCUACUGCCAGUUCUUGUGUCUGUUGGAAUAGCUUUCGUAACUUGUGCACUUGGGCUCAUCUGGUUCAGAAAAUAUCGAAAAGGAACAAUGUCAAUAUACAACAACAGAGGAGCCAGAGGUAAAUCAAAGCAUGUGAAUUCCAAAUAUUCAACUAGCAAGGUGAGCCUCAAUCCCGGCCUUGACCUUUUCUAUCUAAAUUCAGUAGGAAUGGACAUAGAGAGACAAACUUCAUGUCUUAAACAGAGUCCUGAAAUGGUGAACACUCCAUCAAAUCGAAACACAUCAAAUUCACCAUUGCAUGACAGGGAAGAAUCGGAACGGGAACCAACAAGUAUCGAAGACGAUAAUGUUAGUUCAUCUACUAGGGAAAUUUCAUUAGUUCAUGAAGAUGCACAAUCAAUAAAAUAUGAAUCUGAAGAAUCCACUAAGGAAAUUACAUCAGUUCAUGAGCGUGUGGAGUCCAUAAAAUACGAAUCUGGAGAUGAAGAAUCCAUGAAAUACGAAUCUGAUGGUGGGAACUCUUCCUCUGCAGAUAAAAUUAUACCCAUUGAUGCACAUUCAUCAGAUGACGAGUCUUUUCAUUCUCCCUGUGAUUCACAUUCCUCUACUGUCAGGCUUUCCAAUGCUUCAGCUGGCAGUUUUAGUGAGACAUCAGAAAUUUUCUCCCCAAAUGUGUCAAAGAUAUCAGUAGCUUCAUCUCCAUACUCUUCUUUUAACCCAGCAAUUCCAAUGACAGCCUCAGCUCUCAUCUCAACCACGGCUGCCAGUUUACAGUCAAAUCCUCCACAAUGUCCUUGCAGUCCAAAACAGAAUAUACUGACAGAUUCAUGUUCUUUGAGCGGUCAGAAGGACAUCCAGCAGGUGCAGACACCCCCCAUGCCCCCGACGCCACCAGCUCCACCACCCCCUCCACCUCCGUCCUCACGCAUACGCAUUUUAUAUUCUCAUUCUUUUUUUACAACUAAAACAGCAUCUAAAGCCUCGUGCUCUGCUACACUGCCAAGCUCUUCCUCUCCUAGUGGAUUUUCAGAAUCUUCUUCGGGAUCAAACCAAACUCCGGAACAAGACUUCCCUUCUUCACCUCGAAGACCUCCUAAACCUACCCCAACUACAGAAGGUAUUCCUCCACCACCACCACCACCAUUUCUAAAAGGAAAUGGCAACUCUAUCAAAGCGCCACCUCCUCCGCCAUCUCAUUUUCCACAACUCAUGCCGUUUGGAAAAGAUGGAGCGCCACUCCCAAAACUGAAACCACUUCAUUGGGACAAAGUUAGAGCCACGCCUGAUCGUUCUAUGGUGUGGGACAAACUGAGAUCAAGCUCAUUUGAACUCGACGAGAAAAUGAUAGAGUCGCUUUUUGGAUACAACUUACAAGACUCAAUGAAGAAUGACGAAGCAAAGAGCAAGAGCCCUUCUCCAACCAAGCACGUCCUUGAGCCAAAGAGACUACAGAACAUAACAAUACUCUCAAAAGCCUUGAAUGUCACUGCUGAGCAAGUCUGUAGUGCACUUCAACAAGGGGAUGGCUUGUCUUUACAACAAAUAGAGGCACUGGUUAAGAUGGUACCCACCAAAGAAGAAGAGGCUAAGCUCUCAAGCUAUACAGGAGACAUCAAUGAACUGGGCUCGGCUGAGAGGCUUGUCAAGGCAAUGCUUAAUAUACCAUUUGCCUUUCAAAGAAUUGAAGCCAUGUUCUACAGAGACACCUUUGAAGAUGAGGUAGUUCAUCUCAGAAAGUCUUUUUCAGUCCUAGAGGAGGCAUGCAAGGAACUGCGAUCCAGCCGCCUCUUCCUGAAAUUACUUGAAGCUGUGCUUAAAACAGGAAACAGAAUGAAUGUGGGAACAAUCAGGGGAGGUGCUAGAGCAUUUAAGCUUGACGCUCUUCUAAAGCUUGCUGAUGUGAAAGGAACUGAUGGGAAAACUACCUUGCUCCACUUUGUCGUCCAAGAAAUAGUUCGGUCAGAAGGAAUAAAAGUAUCAGAGAGCAUCAUGGGGAAGCUCAGUCAGAAAAACAAGAGCAGAACUGCUGAAGAAAGAGAAGAAAAUUACAGAAGAAUGGGCCUAGACCUUGUGUCUGGUCUGAGCACCGAGCUGUGCAACGUGAAGAAGACGGCCUCCAUAGACUUGGAUGUUCUUGCGAACUCGGUUUCAAACCUAUCAGAUGGAAUGGCUAAGUUGCAACAUCUGCUGCACAAGGACUGUGUAGAUGACAAAAGCCGAAACUUUGUCCACUCGAUGAGAAUGUUCCUAAGUCAUGCAGAGAAGAAUCUGAAGGAGUUGCAGGAAAAUGAAGACGGAGUCCUACUACUAGUUAAAGAGAUUACAGAAUAUUUUCAUGGGGAUGUGAGCAAAGAUGAAGCAAACCCACUUCGCAUUUUCGUGAUCGUAAGAGAUUUUCUCAGCAUGUUAGACCGCGUGUGUAAAGAGUUAAGAAGCUCGAAGGUUCAAAGCAGUAAAAACCCUCUAGCCCCCUUCCGGUAGAGAGCACAUUGGUUGGUUUGUCUAUGUUUAGAGUGCAUGAGUUUUAUUUAGAAUCUUGGAUUGUUCAGAUUGAUUGGUGUUGCAUCAAGGUGUUGUACUAACAAAUAACAAUCAGAGUUAUAUUCAA